AUGCCUUCCAACACUUUCUCCAUUUCGGCCGCUCUGUGCCUCGCUCUGGCUAUUGGCCCUGCUUCCGUCUUCGCUGCUCCUCAGCUCAACGGACUUCCUCUUCUCGGUGGUGCCCCCACUGAUGCUGCUCCCACUGAUGCUGCUCCCACCAACGGCAACAGUGAGCACGAUGCUGGCGCCGGCUUCGAUGUCGGUAUUCCCGGUGGACCUGGAGUCCGCUAUGGCGCCGGCGUCCACAGCGAGCACCACGGUCCCUGUGGCCCUGGCCCUAGCGGCGAGCACGACGCUGGUGCCGGCUACGAUGUUGGCAUUCCUGGUGGACCUGGAGUCCGCUUUGGUGCUGGGACUCACGAUCAGUACCAGGCUGUUCCAUGCCCCGAGCCCAUCGCUGAGCCUACCACUACCACCUACGCUCAGGUGAUCCUUCCCCCUACCUACACCACUCCCAUCGUCAUUCCCACCACCACGCUGGCCCCCGUCUACAUGCCUCCUACUGUGGCGCCGGCUCCCACCGUCGCUCCCACCGUCGCUCCCAUUGUCGCUCCCAUUCCCGUUCCCGCUCCCGUCUACUCUAAGCCUCUGAUCCCUCACCCUAUGCCUGCGCCCACUGCUUCAGCUAUGCCUUCUGCUAAGCCUUCACCCUCCGCCAUGCCGGUUUUCAAUGCCGGUUCAGCCCUGACCCCGAGCUCUCUCGUGGCCUUUGCGCUCCCCAUCCUGCUCGGCCUCUUUUACUAG